GGCCGCCUCCCGCCGCCGCGGGGUGCGCGUGAGCGGGCGGGCGCGGGUUGGGCCCUGCUGGCGGCAGCGGCGCGACAUGUCGGUGGCGUUCGCGGCCCCCCGGCAGCGGGGGAAGGGCGAGAUCACGCCGGCCGCCAUCCAGAAGAUGCUGGAUGAAAAUAACCACCUUAUUCAGUGUAUAAUGGACUACCAAAACAAAGGAAAGACAUCUGAAUGCUCUCAAUACCAGCAGAUGCUACACACAAACUUGGUUUAUCUAGCUACUAUAGCUGACUCCAACCAGAACAUGCAGUCUCUGCUACCAGCACCACCCACACAGAAUAUGCCUAUGGGUCCAGGAGGGAUGAGUCAGAGCGGCCCCCCUCCACCCCCGCGCUCGCACAACAUGUCUUCAGAUGGACUGGUAGGUGGGGGCCCUCCUGCGCCACACAUGCAGAACCAGAUGAACGGCCAGAUGCCUGGACCUAACCAUAUGCCUAUGCAAGGACCUGGACCUAACCAACUCAAUAUGACAAACAGUUCCAUGAACAUGCCUUCAAGUAGCCACGGGUCGAUGGGCGGCUAUAAUCACUCAGUGCCAUCCUCACAGAGUAUGCCAGUGCAGAAUCAGAUGACCAUGAGCCAGGGACAGCCGAUGGGCAACUAUGGGCCCAGACCAAACAUGAACAUGCAACCAAACCAAGGUCCAAUGAUGCACCAGCAGCCUCCUUCCCAGCAAUACAAUAUGCCACAAGCUGGUGGCCAGCAUUACCAGGGGCAGCAACCACCUAUGGGAAUGAUGGGCCAAGUUAACCAAGGCAAUCACAUGAUGGGUCAGAGACAGAUUCCUCCAUACAGACCGCCACAACAAGGCCCACCACAGCAGUACUCAGGCCAGGAAGACUAUUAUGGGGACCAAUACAGUCAUGGUGGACAAGGUCCUCCAGAAGGCAUGAACCAGCAAUAUUACCCUGAUGGUCAUAAUGAUUACGGUUAUCAGCAACCGUCGUAUCCUGAACAAGGCUACGAUAGGCCUUAUGAGGAUUCCUCACAACAUUACUACGAAGGAGGAAACUCACAGUAUGGUCAGCAGCAAGAUGCAUAUCAAGGGCCACCCCAACAACAGGGUUAUCCACCACAACAGCAGCAAUAUCCAGGCCAACAAGGCUAUCCUGGACAACAGCAGGGUUAUGGCCCUUCGCAGGGUGGCCCUGGACCUCAGUAUCCCAAUUAUCCACAAGGACAAGGCCAGCAGUAUGGGGGAUACAGACCCACACAGCCUGGGCCACCACAGCCACCACAGCAGAGGCCUUACGGAUAUGACCAGGGUCAGUAUGGAAAUUACCAACAGUGAAAAGUAUUCACAUUCCGGUAGGCAAUAUCUAUUAGCAGCCAUAUUGUCUUCUCAGCACUGUGGACAUCUUCCUGAGAUGAAAACCUCCCAUUCCAUCUAGUUUUUGGAAAAAAUCUUGUGGCUGUUUUACAGUAUACGGUCUUCAUGGGUUAAUUGUUAAAAGACUGUAGAUUCUCAGAAGCUGGUUUCACGUCUCUACUCUAGGUGGCAAUAUUGGACAGAAAAUACGUGACAUAGCAAUUUGCAGUGAGUUGUGAACUGUGUAUCAAAUAGACUGUUACAGACUGAAAGGUGCGAACAGCUUUGUAUGUUUAUGAAGGUUAUGGGAAUUUAAUAUUUUUUCCACAGAUUUUUUUUGUAGGGGGAAGGGGAUAUGCACACUUUUUACAGCAGCAAUAUUUUGUAUAUUAUGUUUUUCAUGUGGUGAAUAUGCAAGACAGUACACUACUCGCUGGACAGGAUAAGAAAUCUACUGUUAAAAAUGGGUAGGGUCAUGAUAAGUGCUUGAUUCUGUAAGUCUCAAAAUGGUGUACAAUAAAGAUAACAGUGAAAAAAGAUGGAGAGCAUCGUACAUCACUGAUAGGUUCAUGUACAAAGAAUGAGAAUCCCAGUUAUCUAAAUGGGAGCAUAAGUGAGGACAGUAUAAUAUAGUCUUGUGCAAAGAUUAAUUUUUUAAGCUUUCCAAUUUUUCUGAGUGAAGCGUUUUUGUAAAAACUAUUUCUAACAUAGUUUGACAAUUUUCUGCAACAUUUUUUGGGUAACAGGAUAAACGUUUGGGUUGUAUUUAUCAGGUGUUUUGUCACAGCUUUGCAUAAGCGAGCUGUAAUCCCUCUUAAUAAUUGCAAUAACAAAGAAAAUGACAAGUGUUAAUUUUACCUGGCUUAAAUAUGCAAAGAAUUUGAAAAAGAGUAUGGAGGACAGGACUGUAUUGUGUAAGUGUAUUUUAACCUUUAGUUUAUAAUUUGUACGUAUCAAAUUAGCCUAGAAGACUUUGUAAAACCUAUCUAAACUUUCCUAACUGGGAGUUAAUAUCUUUAGAAAAGGGGGCAUUUUUUGUGCGUGUCCGUUUUUCUUAUUGGUUAACGUGAGACCAAGGGGUGUUUUAUAACAUAAAAAAUAAAAACCUGUUGGUGAGGUCAAUGCCAAAUUUUGUUUUGAACUGCAUUAACGCUUAUAGUGUUGCAUGCAAGAUAGAGGCAGCACCUUGAUCAGUAGCAUAGUACACAAAAAAAUUGGUUUGGGGACUGUCCUGCAACUGUAUAUCAGAUAAAUAAAUGAAUAUUGUUUUGUGCAGGAAUACAUGCCUUCAGAAUUCCUGGCAACUUUUUAUAGACAUGAGAAAACUUAAGAUUAGCCCAGGAGUAAAACCUUAUUUUUUCACUUAGAGAUGAUGUUGAGGAGAGAAAAAAAGAAAAAAAGAAAAAAGAAAAGAUAUUCCUGACAUCUCUGACAAUAGAGACGGAAAACGAGGUUUUCAUUUAUUUCAUCAUUUUUUAAGGGAAAACAAUUUUCUUAAAGUUGGUUGUUAAAAAAUACACAUUAAGUUUUGAACAGUUACAGCAUGAGGAGCAUUAUUAUGAAUGAAAUGCUUGUAGGUUCUGUGCCAAUUUUCCACCACUGUGUACUUUGUUGCUGUUUAAAACUGUACUCCAUCAGUUCUAACAGAAGAAUAAAUUAUUUGUGAUUUUAA